GGUGGAUUUGGCAGCUAUUUGGCUUCUCUCUCAGCUGCCGGCAUCCAGACGGUUUUGCGUGGAAUUUGCCAGUUGCCAUUUCCUGCAUACAUAUACGGAGAAAUGCUUCUUAUUCCUGUACUCUGCGUGGCAUCAUGAAAAAGCGCUUGGAUACCCCGGAAUCUUGGGAUAAAUGCACACCGGCAAUCAUUUGUACGUGUGAUACUUGCGGCAAAUCCACAUUCCGGCACGGACCGUUACAUGACGGUAAACUAUGCGCGCAAUGUGCAGCGGCUUCCGGGAAGCGGUCGCAUGCGGUUUCCAUGCUGUUUGAACCACAAAAUUUCCCGCCAAACGCCGGCAACUAUCUGCGGCGCAAAAAGCACCGGACACAGGGUACCACUGCGACAUCAGCCCGGGCAUCUUCUUCUCGAGCGAACGUUAUCGGUACAACGCGGGCGCAUGAUGAGCACCUAGAAAACGAGAAUUUGCCAUCUGCCAGAGGUGCUAAAGAUGUUCCAGCAUUUCCUAAAGAUGCUAAAGAUUAUCACAUACGGUAA